AUAGCAGCUUUACUCUGCCCUAAAGUCACUUUUACAUCAGGAAUCUGAUCUGGACAUGCAGCAGCAGCCUUCACUGCUGGCCUCCUUGUAUCGCUUUCCUGCUGUGGAAAUCUUGAGACAGCGAGAUGGACGAGUGGAGACUGCUGACUCCAGUUUCAAGGAGUCCUCGAGUGUAGUUGCUAAGGACUCCUGGCUCCAUAGCAACAGCAGGAGAUUAUCGUGACACCAUCAACACAUCCAGCCUGCCGCUGAGAUGCUGUCAGAAAGACUAGGGAUUCAGUCACGAUUUGGUCCAUCAGAAAGAAUCAUGGAGCUGGCGCAACACAAAACCUCAAAAACUGACUGGGCCACAACUCCUUGUGAGAAGCUGAGCUGGGGAAACCAGGAGCCAAUAUGGGCCGUGUCCGCUUCAGCGCUCGGAGCCGUUCCAAGCGCAAGAAUCCAAUACCUCGCCAGGCACAAAAGAGACUUCUCAGCAAGGGAGGACCACCGGAGGAAGAAGGAGGAGGAGGAGGAGGCGAGCUUCUUCAGGAAGACCCAGCGUCCUUCCUUCAGGGUGUCCCAGUACGAGCACAUUGUCCGCCUGUCAACUCCAAAAAGCAGGAGCCGCGGCUCCCAGGAAGCAGGGGCUCCUCACACACCGCAGUGUGAGAAACACUGCCCUGUUUGGCACGUGGAUCCCAAAGCCAAAGCUGCUGUGCUCACACUGCGACUGCUCCAGCUCUCAAGCCCCAAACCGAACCAUCCACACUUCCAGAGCAACAGAGAGAGCGCUGAAUCAAUUGCUUCAUCCAAGACGGGUCAAAUCUCUCAGAGACUCGUCCAGCUGUCACUGCCCAGGCUGAAGAAGAACGACGUCUGCUGUAAGCUCGGGCGCCCAGAGGAACCAAUCUGGACUGUUUCGAAGGCAGCGAGGAGAGCCACAGCAAACGCUCAUGUUGAAAUGCUGGCGGCACCAAAACAGCUUUCCAAGGACUACAUCCCUCCUCGAGGACAAGAGUGGAGCUGACCUGAGCGUCAUUCAUGAGGUCCUGCUCCUCUUGCUCCUCCUCCUGCUGCUGCUGCUGCUGCUGCUGCUGCUGCGCUCUUUAGUUUUGUGCUCUUUUGUGAAACAGAGUGUUGACAGUAUGAUAAAGGCUUUGACAUGAUAUCAUAUAUUUUUAGAUUUUGAUUUUUAAAAAAAAAGAUAAUGAUGAUCAUUGUGGACAUUUAUCUUCCUCUGGUGCUGUGAUUAUACUGGCUUUCAACCUGUCUCAAGAUC